UCAUACAAAAACUAAAUAAAAUCAUAGGAAUCUGAUCUUGUGUUUUUUUGUUUAGGUUCUGAUUUUUGAGGUAAUUAGUAUUAAUAAUGCCAAUCUAUAGAAUUGCAAUUGGGUCUCCGGGAGAAGCUGGGCAACCUGAUGCAAUUAGAGCUGCAUUUGCUGAAUUCUUCUCUAUGCUUAUUUUUGUUUUUGCUGGUCAAGGCUCUGGCAUGGCUUACAACAAAAUAACAAAUAAUGGACCUGCCACACCUGCUGGUCUAAUAGCUGCAUCACUGUCUCAUGCAUUUGGACUAUUUGUGGCUGUUUCUGUUGGAGCAAACAUCUCUGGUGGUCAUGUGAACCCUGCAGUCACAUUCGGUGCCCUCAUUGGUGGAAACAUCACACUUUUGAGAAGCAUCUUAUAUUGGAUUGCACAGUUACUUGGUUCCGUUGUUGCUUGCAUUCUUCUCAAGUCUGCUACUGCUGGAAUGGAGACAUCAGCAUUUGCAAUAUCCUCCGACAUAUCAGUAUGGAACGCGCUGGUUUUUGAAAUUGUUAUGACAUUUGGAUUAGUCUACACGGUUUAUGCAACGGCAGUGGAUCCAAAAAAGGGCAACAUAGGAAUCAUCGCUCCAGUUGCAAUUGGUAUCAUUGUUGGUGCAAACAUCUUAGCUGGUGGAGCAUUUGAUGGUGCAUCAAUGAAUCCGGCUGUUUCUUUUGGACCUGCUGUUGUUAGUUGGACUUGGACUCAUCAUUGGGUCUAUUGGGUUGGCCCGUUUAUUGGUGCAGCCAUUGCUGCUAUUAUCUAUGAUAACAUCUUCAUUGGUGAAGAUGGUCAUGAGCCUCUCACAAGUAGUGAUUUCUAGAUUAUAUAUAUAACUGUUUUUGUUUUUGGAAACUCGGUAUCCGACUAUAGAAUCGUAAGAUCAAUCCUAUUAUCCGGAUAGAUUAUUUAAAUUAAGAGUAAUGUUCUGUAUGAACUGAUAUAUAAAUGUUGACGAGGGAAUAAGUAGUUGAAGAUUUUUCAACUGUUUUUUAGAGGUUGGUAGGAGUUAAAAAGAUUUUGAGUUUUUUUUUUUAUGUAUUUUUGUUAUAGAAGUUAAGAUGAUGUAAUAGAGAUGAACAAGAUUUUUUUUAGAUGAAUUCUUAGUUAUUGAACAAAUGAGUAUGUUUCAUUUUA